AUGACAUCUAGUUCUAUUUAACAAUAAAAGGAGUUGAAGGUGUUCAACAAUUAGUUUGUUGUGUUGAAAAAGUUAAGUUCUGGAUCAUUUGGUGUUGUUUUUCAAGGGGAAGACAAGAAAACGAGUGAGUAAAUAGCUUUAAAGAUUGAGAAGGAGGAGAGUGAUGAAGCUAAGUCUCUGGAUAGAGAAUCAUAAAUAUUAUAGAGGUUGCAGGGUAUAAAAGGCAUUCCAAAAUUGUAUUGGUUUGGUUCAGAAGGACCUUACAACAUUAUGGUAAUUCAAUUGCUGGGAAGAGAUUUGGCUUAUUAUGCAAAGCAUCUUAAAAGAUUUUAACUGAAAACAUUGAUCAUGUUGGCUGAGUAGAUGAUAACCAUUUUGGAGCAAUGCCAUACAAAAUCAAUAAUUCAUAGAGACAUGAAACCAGAGAAUGUGCUUGUGGGACGUGAUCCUAAUGAAAUAUAUCUGGUGGACUUUGGGAUUUCUAAGAUCUACAAGGAUGCUAAUGGAAAUCAUGUACCUUUCAGAGAUGGAAAACCCUUCAUAGGAACGACGAGGUAUGCCUCGAUUGGUGCUCAUAAGGGUUUCGAAUUGGGAAGGGGAGAUGAUUUAGAAUCUUUGGGAUAUAUGCUGGUAUUUUUAUAUAAAGGUUCGUUACCUUGGUAAAAUUUAUAAAAUGUAAGUGAUAAAGAGAAAACUAAAGUAGUUGGAAAAAUGAAAAUGUAAAUAUUGAUUGAAGAGCUAUGUAAAGACAUGCCCAAUGAAUUUUCAAAGUACUUUGAAUAUGUAAAAAAACUGCAAUUUAAAUAAACACCUGAUUAUGAGUAUUUAAAAUAAUUGAUGCGCAAGUGUGCAAGUGAUAACAAAAUUGAAUUAGAUUAUAAAUAUGAAUGGGCAUUAUUAGAAAGAAGAACUUCUGAUUUGUAAUCUCAGCAAAAUUCUUAGAGGAAUAUUAAAAAAGAUUCAACCCAUCAGGAUCCUAAUAAAAAACAAACGAAGAAUAAUAUCAACUCGUAAAGUAAAUUAAAACCAGAAAUAGACAGUGAAAAAAUAUCAAAAUCAAAAAGUCCUGCUAAGAAUACUAAAAGGUAAUCUCUGGUACCAGAAAUGCAAUCAUAAAAUUAAUCAUAAUCUAGUCAAUUUGAUUUUCUUCGUCCUCCUGAUCCUUAUGCUAAGGCUAGAGCCAUUAUAUAAAGAAGUUAAGAUAGACAUAAAUCUGUAUCAUCAUUAGCACCAUCAUAAUAUAGCUAAGUGAAUACAGUCCAAUCAAGCAUUGCAGGAAACUAUCAAGCUAGUCACAUAGAUAUGUUUGCAAAUGAUAGUCAAUAAUAAUAAUAAUAAGAGACAACAGAGAAGAAAUAGGAUAUGAUUCAAGCAUAGAAUUUUGGUUUUCAACCUUUGGAGAAUAACGAUACAAUUGCUAUGCUGAUAGGUGAGGAUGAAGAAGGUCCUUGUUUCCAAUAUUAGGAACUAUUAGAGAGAUAAGUUCAAGCGCAAUUUAAGGAAUACGUGAAAAGUGGGAAUAAAAGUAAGCGAAACAGAUGA